UGAACGGUCCCUUUAAUAUCACUUCAAAACAAUGGCAGAGAAGUAAARGCAAAGAAAAAGUGUUUGAUUUUUGAAGAUUUGAGUCGUUUUGGACACCAAUUAGUCGGCAAUGGAUGGCAUCGAGUGAUGCAUAGGAAUGGCCGGCAAAUAUCACUGCAAUUAUUGUGAUGAAGACAUCAAUGAUAUUCGUGUCAAAUGCAAUGAAUGUCUCGACUUUGAUCUCUGUCUUCAGUGUUUUUCUUGUGGCGCCGAAAUCGGUAGUCAUCGGAGUCGACACUCAUAUCAACUAAUAGAUUGCGGAACUUUUCCUAUAUUUACCACAAAUCAACACAAAUGGAGGGCUUUGGAUGAGAUCUCACUCUUGGAGGCCAUCGAACAGUACGGUUUCGGCAACUGGUUAGCCAUUGCCGACAGUAUAGGUCUAAAGGAUGUAACCGCCGAUGAAGCCAAAGAGCAUUACUGUCAAUACUAUGUCUUGGGAAACAUUGGAAGAGCUGUUUGGUCUCAAGUGAACAACAAUACGUUUUCAAUGCGAGACCACACGUGUCCUAAUGAUGGACCUCUAUCUCCUGGUUUAACGACACCACUUCCAGCCAUCACUGAAGUGAAUCGUCAGGACGAAGAUUCGUUGGGAUAUUUGCCUAAAAGGGAUGAUUUCGAGAGAGAAUACGACAAUGAAUGCGAGUCAUUAAUAUCGACUCUUUCGAUGAACAACAAUGAAGACGACGAACUCGAGAUUAGUCUAAAAUUAGCACACAUUUCAAUGUAUCAAAAGAGACUUAAAGAAAGGUUUGAAAGGAAAGGCAUGGCCAGAGAGUACGGUCUAGUCAGCCAUUUCUUUAAAAGUCAUAAUGCAUUUAAAGAUCAAAAUCAAUCGACACCUCAAAAGAGUUCAAAUGGUAUUAAUAAGAAGACACCAAAACAAUGUUCUUCCAUUGAUUGUGAAUCUCCUGUGAAGAGUCCUUUUGAUGACAAAUAUAAACCAUUUAUUAGGUUUCAAUCAUUAGAAGAGAGCCGAGAAUUAACGCAAAACAUUCAGAGAGAAAAGGAAUUAAAACAAAAGUUAAAAGAACUGAUUAGAUAUCGAAAGAAUGGUUUGAAACGWAUGAGUGAAGUGAGUGCCUUCGAGACUGCGAGGAAUAAACGCCAGAAGAGAAAGGAAAACAAAAAGAAAUCGAUACCAAAUACAGACGCAAGUAUUGGCUCCGCAGUUCACAAACGACUAAUGGCCACCAAAUUGUCAUCAAUGGCCACCAAAACAGGUUUAGAAGCAACAAGAGAUCAAAGCUCAAGCACUUCUCAAACCACAAAAAAAGGCACAAAAGUGUCGUCAGAAUUAACUCAAAAAGCCGUUAAUAAACUUAACAAUGACUUUGAUAUUACUUCUCUUCCGGGAUGUCGUCUUCUAUCAGAUAGAGAGAAGAAAUUAUGUUCUUCUGUUCGCUUAAGACCCUCUCAAUACAUCACUUUGAAAACACUCAUUCUUAAGGAUCACAAUCAAAGAGGAACGACAAACACUUCAAAUAAGUGUAAUGAAGGCAUCGAUAAGUCUUUGUAUAAAAAGAUUCACAACUUUAUGGUUAAGAGCGGUUGGAUUGCGUCCACAAUUUGAAAGCACUUUUCUAUCACUAUUUAUAUUAUUUUUAGAUUUUAUUAUUUAAGUUAUAUUUAAGUAUUAUCCGUACGUUUAUUAGUGCGAUAAUAUUAUUGAAUGAUUAUUAUAUUAAUGUAUUUCUACUAUUGUAAGACUUAUUUUGAUAUUAUUGACAUUUCCUGUAUUAGAAAGAGUAGUAAUUAAGCAAAAUUUAUAGAGAAUAAUAU